AUGGGUCGCGUCGCUUUUAUAUCUCUGCGAGUUUUGCAGCUGGCCUUAUCUUUUGCUAGUAUCGGUUUGAGCGCAUACAUUGUCCACGAUUACGACCAGAGAAGUCGAGGUUCAGCUCCAUCGCCGUUUACCUACCUUAUGGUCUCGUCCAUAUUCUCGAUCAUAUCAAUCGUCUACCUCACCCUGACACCCCUGUUCGUACCUCGCAUCUACCACCAAUACGCCGCCGUCGUCGUCGAGUCCGUCAACACCGCCCUGUAUUUCGCCGGUUUUAUCGCCAUAGCCGUCUUUAUCGGGUCGCUUGUCAUGUGCGAGGGAACUGUCUGCUCCGCCGCCCGUGCCGACGCCGUUGUAGCUGCCGGCCAGUUCACAGCAUGGAUCACAACGACUGCUUUUACAGCCAAGGAGCUUUUCCAACGGGCGUUCCAGGAGCCCAAAAAGGAUGCCGAUGGCCGAGAGAUGGGACAGGCAUAA